CUCCAAUAAUCGUUCAGUGAGGGCUUGGUUGUAAGGAAUUCAUGUAGUGAUAGUAACGACAAGGCUUCUGGCUUAGUAUGCAAGUGUUUUGCACGAUAUCUGGCCGCUUUCGGCCUUAAUUAUUUUAACUGUAGGUAGUACGGUCGACAGUGUGCCAUCUGCUCUGUGUUUAUAGUUCUGUGUUUAUUAACCCAGUGAAGAACCUAUACCGUAAGCCUUUCGUGUAACGUUAAGAUGCCGUCUACUUCGGUGGAAGGAUCAUCGCAAGAAGGUGACCUGUUUACUGUGAAACACGAGCUGAAAAAUACCAACCUUACAGGCCAUGUGGAGAGAGUCGGCAUCGAGAACUUUGAGCUUCUGAAGGUCCUCGGCACUGGAGCGUAUGGUAAGGUGUUCCUGGUGAGAAAGGUAAGCGGCCACGACGCCGGAGAGCUGUACGCCAUGAAGGUCUUGAAGAAGGCCACCAUCAUCCAGAAAGCCAAGACGGCGGAGCACACGUGCACCGAGCGCCACGUGCUGGAGCACAUCCGCCAGUCGCCCUUCCUCGUCACCCUCCACUACGCCUUCCAGACAGACACCAAGCUCCACCUCAUCCUGGAUUAUGUGAAUGGCGGGGAGCUUUUCACACACCUGGUCCAGCGGGUGCACUUCAAAGAGCAGGAGGUGGCGCUGUACAGCGGCGAGAUCGUGCUGGCGUUGGAGCAUCUGCAUAAGUUGGGGAUUGUUUACCGGGACCUGAAGCUGGAGAACAUCCUCCUGGACGCCCAGGGCCACAUCGUCCUCACAGACUUCGGUCUCAGCAAAGAAUUUCACGAAGUGGAGCGGACGUACUCUGUGUGUGGGACCAUCGAGUACAUGGCCCCGGAGAUUGUGGAAGGAGGAGAAUCAGGUCACGACAAGGUAGUGGACUGGUGGAGUCUUGGUGUGCUGAUGUAUGAGCUGCUGACGGGAGGCUCUCCUUUCACGGUGGACGGAGACGAGAACUCCCACUCAGACAUCGCCAAGCGAAUCCUCAAGAAGGAGCCUCCCUUCCCCAAGGACAUGAGUCCCCCAGCCAAAGACAUCAUCCAGAGGCUCCUCAGCAAAGACCCAAAGAAGAGGCUCGGCUCGGAGCCCUCGGGGGCCCAGGCCCUGAAGAGCCACCCCUUUUACCAGAAGAUAAAUUGGGAAGAUCUGGCAGCAAAGAAGGUUCCGGCACCCUUCACACCCGUGAUCCGGGACGAGUUGGAUGUCAGCAACUUUGCAGAGGAGUUCACAGAGAUGGAUCCCACAUACUCCCCUGCAGCACUACCACAGAACUGUGGCCGCAUCUUCCAGGGCUACUCGUUCAUGUCUCCCUCCAUCCUGUUCAAGAGGAACGUGGUGAUGGAUGACCCCAGCCAGCUGUGUGGAGGAGCCGACAGGCCGGGCUCCGCCGCUGUGGCCCGCAGUGCCAUGAUGAAGGACUCCCCGUUCUACCUGAACUAUGAGGUGGACCUGAAGGAGGCCGCCCUGGGAGAGGGCAGCUUCUCCAUCUGCAGGCGCUGCACCCACAAGAAGACGGGGCAAUCCUACGGGGUCAAGAUCGUCAGUAAGAGGAUGGAGUCUCAGACGCAGAAGGAGAUAGCUGCACUGAAGUUGUGUGAUGGACAUCCUAACAUCGUCAAGAUGCAUGAAAUUUACCAUGACCAGCUGCACACAUACCUGGUUCUGGAGUUGCUGCGGGGUGGCGAGCUGCUGGAGCGGAUCCGCAGGAAGCAGCACUUCAGCGAGACGGAGGCCAGCCGCAUCAUGAGACGCCUGGUGUCCGCCGUGAGCCACAUGCACGACGUGGGCGUGGUGCACCGAGACCUCAAACCUGAGAACCUGCUGUUUACGGACGACGGUGAGAACUCGGAGAUCAAGGUGAUCGACUUUGGUUUUGCCCGGCUCAAGCCCCCUGACAACCAGCUGCUGAAGACACCCUGCUUCACCCUGCAGUACGCCGCGCCCGAGAUCCUCGGCUACGACGGCUACGACGAGUCCUGUGACCUCUGGAGCCUAGGGGUCAUCUUGUACACCAUGCUGUCGGGCCAGGUGCCCUUCCAGUGCCAGGAGAAAACCCUCACCCACACGAGCGCUGAGGAGAUCAUGAGGAAGAUUAAGCAGGGGGACUUUUCUUUUGAAGGAGAGGCCUGGAAGAGUGUAUCCCAGCAGGCCAAGGACCUGAUCCAAGAGCUCCUGACGGUGGACCCAAACAAGCGGAUAAAGAUGUGCGGUCUGCGGUACAACGCCUGGCUGCAGGACGACAGCCAGCUCUCCUCCAACCCCCUGAUGACGCCAGACGUGCUGGGCUCCUCCACCGCCUCCGUGCACACCUGCGUCAAAGCCACCUUCAACGCCUUCAACAAGGUGAAGCGACAGGGCUUUCGGCUGCAGACGGUGGACAAGGCGCCGCUGGCCAAGCGGAGGAAGAUGAAGAAGACCAGCACGAGCACCGAGACGCGCAGCAGCUCCGGCGAGAGCACGCGCUCCUCCUCUUCCUCCUCCCAGUCCCAGGACAAGAACUCCCCCGCCGCCGGGGAGGCGGCGCCUCGCCCCUCCACCAGCACGACAUUGGCCCUCCACCCAGAGGAGGAGGAAGAGGUGGUGGCGGCAGCAGCGUUGGGGGCGGGGGUGGAGGAGGAGGAGGAGAAAGAUGAGGAGGAGGAAGAGCCGGGGUCUCGCCUGCCUUCUCCACCACUCUGAGGGAGGUCUUCCAGCGCGGGUCCAGGCAACCACAGCAGGGCUUUUUGUUUUCUCUCAGACAGGGUGUCCUCUGGGAAAGACUGUCCCCCCCCCCCUACUACCCCCCUUUAACCUCCUGAGUAGAAACCUCGACUGCAUGCACUGUCGCUGUCAGCCAGCAUGCAUGAACAUGCACACGCCUCCCAGCAAAACAAAAACAAGACAA